CGGCCCAGGCGCAGGCCACGGCCCCGGGAACGGUAAACAGUGGGAUCACGUGACUCGGCCCCGUUCCUGCCCCCGCGCCGCCGCUGCCGCACGCCGAUGGCUGCGGGGUUUCGCACCACCGCACUAUCCCCACGAGGCGAGCCACCCUCGGGCCCUGCGCGGCGGCGGCUGCCACGAGGAUAGAAGAGCAGCGCGGAAGCUAGGGCAGUGUCAGCCGCAGCCGCAGGGCCCCCAGAGGAAGAGAGUCUGUGGCAGCGACGCCGACGUCCUGCGCGUACCCCCUCUUCGCGGCACCCCCCGCCACCCCCCGCCCCCCUUUGGCGGCGGCGGCAGCGGCCACCAUCUUCCUCUUGCUACCAGUGGUAGCGCUCGUCUGGCGUAGCUGGGGCUGAAAGACACACAGAAGUCUUCAUGGAUAUAGUUGAUACAUUUAAUCAUUUAAUUCCUACUGAACACUUAGAUGAUGCCCUAUUUCUAGGAUCCAACCUGGAGAAUGAAGUCUGUGAGGAUUUUAGUACAAGUCAAAAUGUCUUAGAGGACUCGCUGAAGAACAUGCUCAGCGAUAAGGAUCCUAUGCUAGGAUCUGCAAGUAACCAGUUCUGUUUGCCUGUUUUGGAUAGCAAUGAUCCCAAUUUCCAGAUGCCUUGUUCAACAGUCGUUGGUCUUGACGAUAUUAUGGACGAAGGAGUUGUUAAACAAAGUGGCAGUGAUGCUAUUGAUGAAGAACUAAUUUUACCUAACAGGAAUUUGAGGGAUAAAGUAGAAGAAAAUUCAGUGAGAUCACCCAGAAAAUCACCUCGUUUAAUGGCACAAGAACAAGUAAGAAGUUUACGUCAAAGCACUCUUGCCAAGCGUUCAAAUGUGGCACCUGUAAAUAGCACCAAAAAAGCAUCGGGGAAGACUGUAUCUGCCCCUAAAGCAGGGGCGAAACAAUCAGAAAGGUGUCAAAUUAAAGAAGAAGUUUGUACAUCAUUGAAAACUGAGUACUAUAAAGAGAACAGGAGGAGUAGCCGGCAUAUUGGGCAAAUAGAAUUGGCUUCAGAAGUACCAGUGUCCUCAAGUCAUUCUGCAGUAUCAACUUAUUUUGAAAUGAAAGAUGAGCCUGGCCUAGAUUCAAAGGAUAUGUGUAACAAUCAGGGAGAAACAAAUGUAUCUCAUGAAUUAAAUUGUCCUCUCCUUUCAGAGACUUGUGUUAGUACUGAAGACAGGAAAAGUGAAACUCUGAUGGAAUGUAAUAGUAAGACUGUUAGUAGCCCAUUUUUAAAGUUUUCAGAUAAAGAAGAACAUGAACAGAAUGAUACUAUUUCAGAUAAAAUGAAUGAAACUGAUACUGAAGAAGUGAGAGCAAAGGAAUAUAUGAAACAAGAAUCAAAGGACACUGUAAUAUUACCCCAUGAAGAUGACCAAAUUACUGAGGAAACUACAUCUUCUCUACCUGUCUUUGGUGAUGCUGCCUGUACAAAUCCAAAUAAAACAGAAAAAAGUCAUGUGGAUGUGUCUUUUUCUGUGGAUGAAGUAGAUGAAUGUAAGUUAGAAUUGGAGAAUACUUUGGACGUUGUUGAUAAAGUUGAAAACUCUCUUCAAAAACAUGAACUAGAACCUGUGGGUUAUUGUGAAGAUAAAAAAUCUAAUGAUACACAGUUGGAGAGCACUGAAUUUAAUGAAUCAAAAAUAGAUGUGAUUGGUACUAGUACCUUUGAACAAGAACCUAGUCAUUUAGAAAAUGCAACUGGUGAUAGUCUUGACCAAAAUACAAAACAGUUGAAAAUUGUUGAAAAUAUUAAAAUGGAAUCUCAUGAAACAGUGAACUUUCAGGAUGAAAAAAACAACCAGUUAAGUAGUGUUUCUUGCUUAGAGUUAAAAAGCAUAAAGUCCAAACAUACAAAGCCUUUAAUUCAUUUUAAACAAAACAUGACCACAGAUUCUAUGAAGAAAGUUACAGCAAAGCAUGGAUUGGUACACAGUAAAACUAAAGUUAAUGUCAAAAGUGUAAAACGAAAUGCUGAUGAAUUAAAAUCUCAGCAAAAUUUUCAUAAAUCAGCCAAAGUGAGAAAAAAAUCUGAUAAAGAUUUAAAGAUUCUCGCUUGCAAUUCUGGUGUCACAUCUGGGAAAAAUCAGUCUCAUUCUAUAUUGAAGAAAACAUCACAGGAUCAAAAUUUAUUGCAGGUUCCUAAACCCUUAACUCACUCUUUGUGUGAUAAGCCCAGUAGCCACCCUGGUGGUUCUAAAGAUCUUCAACAUCCUGCUCAAACUGGACAUGCAUUGCAUUCUAACCAGAAACAGUGUCAUAAGCCACAGCAGCUGGCUGCCUCCACAAAGACCAAUAGUCAUGUAAAGGAAGAGCUUGAACAUGCAGGUGUAGAUCAUUUUAAGGAGGAGGAUAAACUGAAGAUGAAAAAAUCUGAGAAGAAUCUACAACUCCGCCAAAGAAGAAGCAGUAAAAGUUUUUCCUUGGAUGAACCACCAUUGUUCAUUCCAGACAACAUAGCUACUAUAAAAAGAGAAGGCUCAGAUCAAAUCUCAUCAUUUGAAGCCAAAUAUAUGUGGACUCCCAGCAAGCAGUGUUGGUUUUGCAAAAAACCACAUGGCAACAGGUUUAUGGUUGGCUGUGGGAGAUGUGAUGACUGGUUUCAUGGUGACUGUGUUGGAUUAAGUCUUUCUCAAGCACAGCAAAUGGGAGAAGAAGACAAAGAAUAUGUGUGCAUGAAAUGUUGUGCUGAAGAAGAUAAAAAGACUGAAACAGUAGAUCCAGAUAUUUUAGAAAACCAAGCUAAAGUUGAUAUCCAUAGUGAAGAUAAAACAAUGGAAUAUGAAAAGUUUGGAUUAGUAAAACAUCCACCAACAAAUGACAAAACUAAAUAUGUUGAUGACACAGUGAAGCACAAAGUCAAAAUUUUAAAACGAGAAUCUGGUGAAGGCAAAACCUCAUCAGACAGCAGAGAUAGUGAAAUUAAAAAAUGGCAACUAGCUCCACUUCGAAAAAUGGGACAACCAAUCUUACCUAGGCGAUCUUCAGAAGAAAAAAGUGAAAAAAUACCAAAAGAAUCUGUAACCACUUGCACAGGAGAAAAAGCUUCAAAACAAGGUGCUCAUGAGAAACAAGAGAUGAAAAAGAAGAAAAGUGAAAAAGGAGUGCCUAGUAUACAUCCUUCUGCUGCUUCUACUGCUAAGCCUUCUGCAGAUCAGAUCAGACAAAGUGUCAGGCAUUCUCUCAAAGACAUUCUUAUGAAAAGACUUACAGACUCAAAUUUGAAGGUGCCAGAAGAAAAGGCAACAAAAGUUGCCACAAAAAUUGAAAAAGAACUUUUCUCUUUUUUUCGGGACACUGAUGCUAAAUACAAGAAUAAAUACAGAAGUUUGAUGUUCAACCUGAAAGAUCCUAAAAAUAAUAUACUAUUUAAAAAAGUACUAAAAGGAGAAGUAACCCCUGAUCAUCUUAUAAGAAUGAGUCCUGAGGAAUUAGCUUCUAAAGAAUUAGCUGCUUGGAGACGAAGAGAAAAUAGACAUACCAUAGAAAUGAUUGAGAAAGAACAGAGAGAAGUGGAAAGACGACCAAUCACAAAAAUAACUCAUAAAGGUGAAAUAGAAAUUGAAAGUGAUGCUCCAAUGAAAGAGCAGGAAGCAGCAAUGGAAAUUCAGGAAUCUACAGCGAAUAAGUCAUCGGAAAAGACAGAAGGAUCUGAAAAACAAAAAGAAGAUAAUGACUCCAUGUCUAAAGAUACCACUAGUCAGCACAGACAACAUCUUUUUGAUCUUAAUUGUAAAAUUUGCAUAGGUCGAAUGGCACCACCAGUAGAUGAUCUGUCUCCCAAAAAAGUGAAAGUCGUUAUUGGAGUAUCUCGUAAGCAUUCAGACAAUGAAGCAGACAGUCUAGCUGAUGCAUUGUCUUCAACCUCAAAUAUUCUGUCUUCUGAAUUCUUUGAAGAGGAGAAGCAGGAGUCUCCAAAGUCAGCAUUUUCUCCUGCUCCUCGUCCAGAGAUGCCUGGAACUGUCGAAGUUGAGUCAACUUUCCUGGCUCGAUUGAACUUCAUUUGGAAAGGUUUUAUCAACAUGCCUUCUGUCGCAAAAUUUGUUACCAAAGCUUACCCGGUGUCUGGUUCUCCUGAAUACUUGACAGAGGAUCUACCAGAUAGUAUUCAAGUAGGUGGUAGGAUAUCACCUCAGACGGUUUGGGAUUAUGUGGAAAAAAUUAAAGCAUCAGGAACCAAGGAAAUUUGUGUGGUUCGCUUCACACCUGUAACAGAAGAGGAUCAAAUUUCUUAUACUUUGCUAUUUGCAUACUUCAGCAGCAGAAAACGCUAUGGAGUAGCUGCUAAUAACAUGAAGCAGGUUAAAGAUAUGUACCUUAUUCCUUUGGGUGCCACAGAUAAAAUUCCACACCCUCUUGUGCCUUUUGAUGGACCUGGGCUUGAACUGCAUAGACCUAAUCUGUUGUUGGGCUUAAUUAUUCGUCAGAAACUGAAGCGGCAACAUAGUGCUAGUGCUAGUGCUAGUACUAGUCAUACAGUGGAGGCUCCUGAAAAUGUGCAAAUAGCAGUGCCACCUGAUAAAAAAAGUAAAAUAGAAGUUUCCACAGAGGAAGCACCAGAGGAAGAAAGUGACUUUUUUAAUUCUUUUACAACUGUAUUACACAAGCAGAGAAAUAAGCCUCAGCAAACUCUUCAGGAAGACAUUCCACUACUAAUUGAGCCUUUAACAGAAGUCACCAAACAGGAGCCAUCAAAACCAUUAAGAUUCCUUCCUGGGGUAUUGAUUGGCUGGGAAAAUCAACCUUCUACUCUGGAUUUAGCAAAUAAGCCUCUUCCUGUGGAUGAUAUUCUUCAAAGCCUUUUGGGAACUACUGAUCAAGUAUAUGAACAAGAUCAGUCAGUGAUGGAACAAAACACUCUUAAAGAAAUUCCAUUUAUAAAUGAGCAAGCCAGCCCAAAUGCAGAGAAAAUAGAUAAAAUGGAAGUAACUGAUGGUGAGGCCAAGGAGGUAAAAGUCAAAGCAGACAAUCUUUCAGAAUCUGAAGGUAAUUCAGUAGUAGUAGAAGAAACACCAGUAAUGAGAUCUUCCAUUUCUCCUGGACCUUUGACAAAUCUUAGUCUUAGAGGUAAACCACCAGAUGUUUCUACAGAAGCAUUCUUAACAAAUUUAUCAAUUCAGUCAAAGCAGGAGGAAACUGUGGAGAAUAAAGAGAGAACAUUAAAAAAGCAACUGCUGCCAGAUCAAGAGAAUAAUUUACAAGAUAAUCAGACAUCAAAUACCAGCUCUUCAUGCAGGUCUAAUGUGGGAAAAGGAAACUCAGAUGGCAAUGUGAGUUGUAGUGAGAAUAUUGUUGCUAAUACAAGAUCCCCACAAUUUAUCAACCUGAAAAGAGACCCUAGACAAGCUGCAGGGCGAAGUCAGCAGAUAAUGUCUUCAGAAAGCAAAGAUGGAGAUAGUUGCCAGAAUGGUGAAAAAAACACCCUGCCUAGUCUAUCAAACAAGGAACACUUAGCAGAACAGGUCAGUGUAGAGGAAAAGUUGUCUUCUAUAGAGAAAACCUCUUGUGUUCAGCAGAGUGAUGAUUCAGGAGUGGCACAGAACUCACCAUCAGUUGAAAAGAUAUACACUUCUCAAGCAGAACAAACAAAACCCUUAAAAGAAGAUACUUUAAUGCAAAACAUUGAAACUUUACACCAGUUUCGAAGAGGAUCAACAGCAACAUCUCAUUUUGAAGGUGGAAGCACAUGCCAAUCAGAAUUUCCUUCUAAAACUGUCAACUUUACCUCUAGAAGCACCAGCCCCAGGGCAAGUGCAAACUUCUCACUGAUAAGGCCACAACAGCCCAGCCUUCAGCAUCUCAAAUCCAAUCCCCCUGGGUUUACAUUUCCAGGGCCUCCUAAUAUCCCCCCACAAGGCAUGUUUGGAUUUCCCCCACACUUGCCACCCCCAUUACUUCCCCCUCCAGGCUUUGGAUUUGCUCAAAAUCCUAUGGUUCCCUGGCCACCUGUUGUUCAUGUGACAGGCCAACCACAGCGCAUGAUAGGUCCCCUUUCACAAGCAUCGAGAUACAUAGGGCCACAAAAUUUUUAUCAGGUUAAAGACAUUAGAAGACCAGAAAGGCGUCACAGUGAUCCUUGGGGUAGGCAAGACCAACAGCAACUGGACAGGCCAUUUAAUAGGGUCAAAGGGGACCGCCAGAGAUUUUAUAGUGACUCACAUCACUUGAAAAGAGAGAGGCAUGACAAGGAAUGGGAUCAAGAAUCUGAGAGGCAUAGACGCAGAGACAGACCCCAAGACAGAGACAGAAAAAGCAGAGAGGAAGGUCACAAAGAUAAAGAGAGGGCACGGUUAUCUGAUCGUGGGGCAGAUGGAAAGGCAAGCAGAGAUAGUAGAAAUGUAGACAAGAAACAAGAUAAGCCUAAAACUGAAGACCAUGAAAAGGACAAAGAACGAGAGAAAAGUAAACAUAAUAGAGAAGGAGAAAAGGACAGAGAUAGGUACCACAAAGAUAGAGACCACACUGACAGAGCUAAAAGCAAAAGGUAAAAAUUGCAGGCGGCUUCAAGAUUACAUUUAAGUAACUUUUAAAUGUUGUAUCUUAAAAACUGAUUGCCUGCUAGGAUCGUGCCAUCUUUUAAAUUUUUAAUAUUGGUGGUUUGCAGAACAAUAAAUUCUGUACGGUGCAGAGUCUUCUGUACCAGUGUUCAUCCCUUCUUCAUACCAACUGUCCUUAGUAAUAGGAAUUUAAUAUUUUUAAAAGUUUCACAUUGCUGUAUAUUCAAAGAUUUGUUUUAUUAAUAUGCAAUAAAGGCUUAGAAAAUUUAGUUUUAUUCUUUAAUUGGUAAAUAUGGUUAACUAUGGAAUAUAUUUACUGCUUUUAGUGAAUGUCUUUUAUAUGACUAAUUUGAGAGUAAUUUGAGUGUGCUCUGUAAGUUUGUUUCAAAUUGCACUGUUGUUAAAGAGAUUGUAGAGGAGCAACAAAAAGCCAACCAACGUCAUAACCAGAUUAUAUUAAUCAUUAAUCGCGCAUUUUUUUUUACCAAGAAUCAGAAACUUAAAGAGUAAAUUUAUUGCUUUAUUCUGCAGUCACUGAUAGCAUUUAUUACCAUAUGCUAUAGCAUUGUGUUAGGCUCUCAUUUUCCUUUUAUUUUGGCUCUUCAGAAACUUGAAUACUUAAGCUUGUACAUGAUCUUGUGUUUUGCUAUCCUUUUUACUGUAAAAUGUAAAUAUUUUAAGGGAUAUUUUGAUUCUAAAUAUGAUAAAAAUUUCUCACCUA